CUCUGUUAUACCUUCAACAUGAUCGGAUAUCAUUAAUAGCUCAGGUUAGAUCAAUUGGCGAGAUGUUGAUAAAACCUUCUUAGCAAGUUAUUUAAGAUCGAAGUCAAGUAACGGAGUAGCGAAUAUCUUGCUCAAAUGAAAACAGCUAGGUAGCUAGAAGAUGGGAAGACUAUUUGACCCAAUUCCAAGCUGUGAAAUUUCCUUCAUACGGCACGUGAAACUAUAUGCUGGGGAAGAGGCUACUCCUAUCACCUAUUGAACACAGACACUAUUGAUACCAUCGGGGAGCGAAAGGUGCUUAACCCAAUAGGCUUAGGAAUUACACCAACUCUUCAGGCCCAUUCUAUACCGAGUCCACUCUGCUUGUGUCUGUCAAAUGAAACAUCAGAAGCGAAUUCAAAGUGAGUACUAACCCAUAUGCUUCCGGCUUCAAGUUGUUUAACAAUGCCAAGGCCAUAGGCAUUUCGAGCUACUAACACGCUCACACGAGUAUGUCCUAUCAAUUCAUUUGUCCUUUCUCAUUUGACACUCAUAGGUUUCUACAUGAGUUCUGCAAUGAGGGUGUUUCUGCCACAAUUCAUAGUCGAAAUGAGCCAAGAGCUGUGGUGGAUUGAUUGUCUGAUCUGCUGUAUUCCAGCAUUCUGUCAACCACAGCCAGGAUUAAAUAUGGCAGCACCGUUGGCCGUGGACAUUUUUACGGAUUUAGUCGUUGCCAUAAUUCCUGCUACUACCAUAUUGAGAAUCCAGACUAUAUUUUGGGAAAGGGUGGGCCUCUCUUCUUUCGGAAUCAUUGCAUUCAUUAUAUGUAGUGGCAGCUAUGCUUCGAGUGGCGAUGGUUCUCGUGGCAAGUUGUAACUUGUACAUACUUAGUAAGCGAGCUUGCGUACGGUGUCCCUUAUCUUAUCUAAACCCCCACUUUCCCCUCGCAGCAUAUUUGGGUGGGCAAUACCUACCUAAGUAGGGUACAUGUAGCUAUCAAGAAUAAGAUAAGAUUAGCGAUAAUGCUG